GGCAUCGGAAAGACCGUAGCACAUGUCUUUGCUCGGAACGGCAUAGCAGGCCUCGCACUGGCAGAUGUCAGCGUCCCCAACCUCGAGGCCGUGCAAGCGGAACUCCGCGAACAAUAUCCCCACAUCCGCGUCGAGAUAUUCACUGUUGAUGUGACAAAAGAGGAGCAAAUUGCUGCUACCGUGCAAUCAGUCGCCGACAAAUUUGGCCGUAUCGACAUCUCGAUCCAUAGCGCCGGCAUCGCGGGUCCCCCGACUCCAACACACGAGCUUCCACUGUCAGACUGGCAGCGUGUCAUUGACGUCAACCAGACGGGCGUGAUGUUAUGCGAUAAAUGGGUUGUUCAGCAGAUGUUGAAACAGGAAUUGCGUCCGGGAUAUGAGGGGCGCGGGAUUAUUGUCAAUCUUUCUUCGAUGUAUGGAAUCAAGAGUCCCGACGGGGCCCUCCAAGUUGUUUCGUAUACGACCACAAAACAUGCGGUUGUUGGACUGACUAAAUUUGACGGAAGAAGAUACGCAGACGACGGAAUUCGCAUAAACGCUAUAUGUCCCGGCUACGUCGACACGCCUUUCACCAGGGCCGCACUUGAAUCGGGAUUUGUCGACUUCGAAGUUAACAAGGGUGCUCUGAAACGGCCAGCUAAACCAGAGGAGAUUGCCAAUGCGGUGCUCUUCCUCACGUCGAGGAUGGGAAGUUAUAUGUGUGCUAACGCGCUAAUUGUGGACGGAGGGUCGACUUCGUGA